AUGGUUUCUCUAUUGAGGUGGGUGAGCCUUGUCGCGUUCGACAUUGAGAUUGUGAAUGUCAAUUGUCUCUUCGGUAGUGAGCCCUUAAACACGUUUGCCUUCCAAGUUGGUUUUGUGUUCGUCGCUUUCGGGGUGCUCCUUUUAUACCACUGUACCGUGGUUGUAUGGCGUCACCAUGGCAAUUUUCGUCGCCGAUUGCCGUCUCUUUGGGCAUCGCUUGGCACUAUCACUCAGAUUUUUUACAUAUCUAUCAUCACGACAGUUGUGGGGCCGUUCCAGUGCUUGAAGCACCCUAACGAACGCUGGACCAUGCGUGCCUACCAGUCCGUGAUCUGUUGGGAGAGCAACGAGCAUUCCGCCAUGCUUGCAAUCGGCCUGGUAGCUUUACUGUUCCCCCUCGCCUUCUUGGCAAAGUGUUGCCAGGUGGUGUGGGGCUUCCCAGCAAAACUGAAGCUUGGGAAGACAAGGGUUCUCAAGUCCUUCACAUUCCUGUUUUUCAGAUACAAGACUGAGUGCUAUUGGUAUUCGGUUGUGCACAUGUUGCGUAGUCUAGCCAUUGGCUUGACUCCCGCCAUUCCAGACCUAUCUGCACAAGUAUUGAUUAUGCAAAGCGUUCUGCUGCUACAGCUGAUCUGUACGGUAUACUGGUCACCUUGGCGUGUGCCGCAAGCAACUCGUUUUGAUAUUUUGUCUACAACUACGAUGCUUGUCGUCGUGGGAUGUGCAGCUUUCUAUGUCGAUGCCCCACCAGACAGUGCCCUCGCCGUGUUGGCAGCCAUGCUGGGGCACGGCGGCGGAUCCGGGCUGCUGCUGGGCCUCCUGCUCACGGUGGUUUGGAAGCUGGCCCACGCAGCGCUGCGCCGGCGCGACAAGGAGUUCGACUUCUUCCUGUGCCACCACAAGCUCGCAGCCGGCAGCUGCGCCCGGCUGCUCAAGGUGCAGCUCUGCAGCCGCGGGGGCAGCAGGCGGAGGGUGUUCCUGGACUGCGACGACCUGAAAGAUUUGGAGACGCUCUUCGACACCGUGGCAAACCGAGUGCAGGUGUUCGUCACCCUGUGCACGAAGGAGUUAUUUCUACGCCCCUGGUGCAUGGGAGAGGUGAUCACUGCUCACCACUGCAAGCUCCAAACUGUGAAACUAGUUUUCCCAGAUUUCACCGAGCCAGACGAGGCGUAUAUUUUUGAGUACGAGGAUAGUUCGAAGGACCUCAGCGUGUUGACUGGAUACGGUUAUUCAAUCGAGGAUGUGAGAGUUGCGUUGCGCUGGGUGCCUCAGAUUACCAGCUAUAGCAUUCCGUCUGCGAUCACCAGUGUUAGCAUGGAAGAAAUCGCGGAUCGGCUCGAAGAUUGCAUUAUUUCCCAUUCGCCCAGCGGCACAAGAGGUUCUCCCAGGGGCCCUAGUGGCAGAGCCAACAGGGCUUCCAUUGGGGGAAAUUCUACUUGGAUCAUCCACGAUGAGAGCAGCCUCGAGGCAGGGGCUACAGCCGCAGUCAUGGCCCAUUUGUUGAUGGUAAGUUUUGUCCACAUCCCUUUCGAAAUUCCACAAGUGCUUCUUGGUGGGCGGGACGUUCCUGAUAGCGCAACGAAGCUGAUCAUAUUGUGCACAAGCAACGUGCUGCAGCAGCCUUCUAUACUGAAGCAUUUCGAGAGAGGAAUCGAUCUUGACGUGUGUUUCUACCCCGUAAUUGGAGAUGAAGGCUUCCGCUUUCCCGGCGCGUCGUUCAAGAAAGACACCAUGAAGUUGGCAGCUGCCAUCCUCGACGACCCAGACGAAGUGCUGUCAGCAGUCUUGGCGAUGUUCAAGGCCAUCGCAGGGAGCUUCCUGGCGAGCUCCAGCUCCGCGACCGUGCUGGCAAACCAGGCCGCGGAGCUCGCCCGGCGGGUGCAGUCCCUGAGCCGGCGCGCGCAGACGCCGGCCCCCAGCGCGAUGGUGAGGCAGGCGAGCGAGUCUCGGGGAACAGGGGAUGAGUCCCAUGCUUCUGUAUGUCGCAUGAAGCAGCGCCGAGCGCUCUGCUGGCCGCCGCCGGUCGGUGGCCUCUGCUCGCGCGCGCCCUGCGGGCCGUGGGCGGCGGGCGGUGCGCCCAGACCCCCCCCUGGCGCUGUGCAAGAAUCCCGACGGGAGGUUUCGCAUUAUGAGGAGGCGGGGAGGGGGUCUGGCGCCGGCAGCGCGGGGCCGUGUGCGGAGGCGGCAGCUGAUGCUUCCUUGUCUUGGUAG